GAAGAAGAAGACAAGAUAAGAGGAGGCACCUCUGGCACAGUUACGAAACCUGGACUCGGGUAUAUUUUGACAAGCGGUAUUAACAGGGAAAGUUGACACUGAACUAUAAGAGAGAGCAAAGUGCCUCGCGGUCCGGCAUAGUGAACCUUUUCGGUCCGAACACCAGACGAUGGAUCAUGAGGUGGCCGACCUCCCCAGUGGCCCGCUGGAUCUCUACAGGAAAAAGGCCUCUUUCAGCUGGAAGGACAUGCUCCUCUUCUUAGAUGGAGAGGACAUCCUGGCAUUCAAGCAACGCGUGUUAAAGACACUUGAGGAUGACCCUCUGUUUGCACGUCAGCCCGGGGAAGACGUCCCUCUAGAGAAAAUGAGAGAGCGGACCUUCCUCAGGGUGAAGCAGCUCUUCCGCUACGAUUUCCUGACAAGAGACGAGGUGAUGGCGAACCCCUGGAAGACUGUGGCUCUCAGUGACUGUCUGGGCAUGUAUGACUGGGCCAUGUCGGCCAAGUACUUCCUCAACAAAGGGAUGUUCAGCGCGAUUAUUGCCAACACAGGAUCGGGAAGACACCGCAAGUAUGUCGAAAGUACCGAAGACAUGACGACGUAUGGUUGCUUUGCACUGACUGAGCUGAGCCACGGCAGCAACACCAGAGCCAUGAGGACCACGGCAACGUAUGACCCCGCCACCCAGGAGUUUGUGAUCAACUCUCCGGACUUUGAGGCCGCUAAGUUCUGGGUGGGGAACCUGGGCAAGACCGCGACCCACGCCAUAGUGUUCGCUCAGCUCUACACCCCGGACCAGGUGCACCACGGCCUGCACUCCUUCAUUGUGCCGGUGAGAGAUCCCAAGGCCCUGCUCGCUCUGCCUGGUGUGCUGGUUGGAGACAUGGGCAAGAAGCUGGGCCAGAACGGACUGGAUAACGGGUUUGCUUUGUUUCAUAAUGUGAGGGUCCCUCGGGAGAAUCUGCUGAACAAGACUGGAGAUGUUACUCCUGAUGGCCGCUACGUUACACCGUUCAAGGACCCCAACAAGCUCUUUGGGGAGUCUCUUGGUGCCCUGUCAGGGGGCAGGGUGUCCAUCACCAGGAUGGCUCUAGUCAACCUGAAGCUGGCUCUGAUUGUCACCAUCCGCUUCUCAGCCACCAGGAGACAGUUUGGACCCAAAGACACGGAGGAGAUUCCUGUUCUGGAGUACCAGUUACAGCAAUGGCGUCUGAUCCCGUACCUAGCAGCAGCAUAUGCUCUUGAACACUUCUCCAAAUCCAUCUUCAUGAACUUCGCUGAGUUUCAGCUUGGACAGAUGAUGAGGGACAAGAGUGAAAGACAGGCAGAGAUGGGCAGGGAGAUCCAUGCCAUAGGCUGCUCCAGUAAACCACUGGGCUCGUGGACCGCUCAGAGGGGGAUCCAGGAGUGCAGGGAGGCGUGCGGUGGACACGGAUACCUGGCCAUGAACCGGCUGGGUGAUCUGCGUAAUGACAACGAUCCAAACUGCACAUAUGAAGGAGACAACAAUGUGUUGCUGCAACAGACCAGCAACUACCUGCUCAGCUGGCUCCAUGCUAAACACCGCGACGGUGUGCGGAUUGAGUCUCCUCUCCACACUGUGGAUUUCCUGGAUGAUUCCCACACGAUCCUGGAAAGCAAGUUCACGGCAAGAACAAUGGAGGAGUGCAUGGACUCUGCAGUGCCACUGGCAGCUUAUAAGUGGCUGGUGUGUUUCCUGCUGGAAGAGAGCCGGGGGAGGCUCGAACAACAGAGGGCCUCGGGGAAGGAUGAUUUUGAGGCCCGCAACAACAGCCAGGUUUACUACUGCCAUUCCCUGGCCAUCGCCUACAUAGAACACAACUGCCUCCAGAGGUUUCAUGAUCUGACCACUGAUGAGGACACACCUGCUGGUCUCAGACCUGUAUUGAGCAAGCUGUGCGCCCUGUAUGGGCUGUGGAGCCUCAGCAGACACAUGGCCACACUUUACCAGGGUGAGUACUUGAGUGGAAGGAAGCCCUCAGAGUUGGUCCAGAUGGCCAUUCUCACUCUCUGCACCCAGCUGAAGGAUGAUGCCGUAGCAUUGGUGGAUGUGUUUGCACCUUCUGAUUUCAUUCUCCACUCGCCCAUAGGCAACGCUGAUGGACAGCUUUACAAGAAUCUGUGGGCGACAGUGAUGCAGGGCAGCCAGGUGCUGGAACGGCCUUCCUGGUGGAAAGAGUUCUGCUCAGACAAGCCCGUGGUCGGAUCCCUCCGUCCGAAACUCUAGAAUCCACUCAUGACUACGACUACUGUCUGAAGUUGAAAAUGUGUGCUGCCCUUAAAGAGAUUCCAACUCCUGCAGCAGAUAAAAUCAAGACAGCACUUUAAAUCACGUUGAACCAAACUUUGAAGUGUAAAAAAAUAAAUUGCAUUUAAACCAGUUUUUGAGCAAAAUAAUCAAUUUCCUCUAAGAAAGUUAAAGGACAGACUCAACUCAUUUGAGUUUUAUGAUGCUGAUGCUAGUAGUGUUUAUGGAUUUUAAUUAGCAUUAUUCUAAUUCACCAUUUUUAAUUGUGCAACAGAGAAAUCUCCAUUUUAAACUAGUUUAAUGAAAUGAAGUAAUGCUUUUGAAUGAGCUACUAAACAAGCUUUUGGUAAUUAAAGAAUUCCGAUAAGACAUUUUCAAAUCAUUUGACACAUUGUUCUGUCAGUACAAAGAAGGGGAGACUUUGGGUUUUCAGUUGGAGGCCACACUUCAUGGAUUAAUAUUUGUGUGUCAAAGAAAGUCGAUCACUAACAUUACCGAUCAUCUGUUCUGUUGGACGUAAACUGUGAUUAUGUGAAUUCUACAUGUGAAUAAUCACUUUUCCACAUUUCUGUCCUUAACACAGCAAUAAUGCCAUUCCAAGGAUAUUUAUGUAUAUUUUAAUUUGAUUUCAUAUUGAAUGAAAUGAUGUAAUCUAAACAGUGUUGAAGUGAUAAUUGAAGAUAGAUUUUGUCAAUGACUUUAAGACGGAUCACUUAAAGUCUCACCUUUGAGCCCUAGAUUUUGGGGCAACAGCAGCGAGGUUUAUUCAGCUCUCGGCAGCUCUCCAAUUAACCCGCAACACCAGAGCAAUGAAUAGAUGUUAACAGACUCCGCAUUGCAAAACGAGGAAUGAUGUGUUGUAAGAGUCGCAGCCAACAAUGUGACUCAUAUCAGAUUACACACACUUUCAGUUAUUGGUGCGGCCCCUUCUUUCAGAGCCUUAUAUUAUGCCUUAUAAAAAGGUAAUUAUUAUUACCUUUUUAGUCAAUUUGAUAAGGGGUGUAAAAGGAAGGUUAUUUACUUAAAACUGGUUUAGGGCCAAUCACAUAAAACAUGCAGCUCGUUUCCCCAUCAUGUUUAUUGUGGGACAUGUGAGUUUGGAUUGCUUUUACCAAGGUUAUGUUUUCGGUUUGGUUUGUUUUUUUGUCUUGCGGACAAAAUACUGGCCCGAUUUUCAUGAAACUUGGUGGAAGGGUGACGCAUGGGGGCCAAGGAAGAACCCAUUCACUUUUGGAGUGUUUCGGCUGUAUUUACACAGACUUAUUGACAUAUUUAUUAGACCCCUAACAAAGGCAACUCUUAAAAAACUGGCCCAAGUAUUUCACAAAUUGUCAUCCUGUCGUUUGGACAAAUGGAUCCAAACUGAACCACUUCAGCUAUUUCAUCAGCAAACUUUGGGUGCUUCCCCCACAUGACAGAUUUUAGGACAAAGUCCAUGGUUUUGUGGCUCUCAUUGCCGCAUAGCAGCAGAUGGAGCUCUACAAAGCACAGUUCAUCAACACUACCAUAAAAGCUGGUCUACAUAUGGGAGUAACAAAAACCAGUUGCCUUUAAACAUAUUGGACAUAUUUUAGUUUCCUGCACUUUGGUUGGAUUUGCACAGCUGUCCAACAUCGACUUCAAUAGGAGUCACAGAAAGCAUUCCACGGAUUUGUUUUCACACUUUCACCAACAGAGUCAAUAAAUGAAAACAGACUUGAGAUUCAUCACCAACCAGCAAUACAAUAACAUGCCUAUAUUAACACCCACUGAGUCAGUGUGGUCAGCUGGAUGUCAACAUAUGCACAGUUAGAAAACCCAACAAUUGACACUUCCAGCCCUCUUGUUCAUGUUUUUAUAGAUCGUAGACGUUUUCACUGUUUCCCAUGUGUGAGUGACUUUCUUUUUAUGCAGACGAGAAGAGACAAAUUAUCAGUUUACUUCAUAUAUUUAUUGGUACCCAGCUGUUUUUAAAACGGAGGCCGAUUGCUGGGCUCACAUGAAUCUUAGCCACUGGCAGCCAGUGUGAAAGCCUGUUAUCAUGGUCUCAUGGGCCAGCACUCAUUCAUUUCUCUGGCUGGUGACAUUUAUAGCCACUGUAUCGCCACAUAAUACCCGUUUGAACCUACCACAGAACGAGUCAGCACAACCAUGUCUGCUUUCCCCAUAUUGAGGUUAUCGUCAAUGUUUGAAACUGUGUUUUUAGACCCAGCUGAAUAAUGUGGUCUCUAAUUACAGGACGUUUGCUCAUGGAAACAAGGAUGGUCUUUACUGCUAGGGAGACGGCAGAAAUAGACUUUUAGACUUGCAAGGUCGCUCAAAUGUCCCAAUUCAUCCAGCUCCUUCUAGGGUAUCCUGAGGUGUCUUUGGGCCAGAUGGGAUAUAAUCUCCUCAGCAUGUUCUGGGUCCUAUAGUUGCACAUACCCAGAAUA